UCCGGUCCGCCCCACCCGGACGCGGUGCCGCGCUGGAAGCCACGGUCCUCCCGGAAGUGGCCCGGACCUCUCGGUCGGGGUCCCCAGCGCACGGCUCUCGCCGUGGGCCCCGGGCGCGGCGGCGUUGGCGAUGGCGGAGCCGGCGCUGCUGCUGCCGUCCGAGACGGCGGCGGAGCGGGACGCUCGGGAGAAGCUCGUUUUCUGGGAUCGGAGACCGGACACGAAGGCGCCUCUGACCGACAGGCAGAGGGACUCGGUGCUGGAGCUGAAGGCGGCGGCGGAGAACCUGCCGGUGCCCAUCGAGCUUCCAGUUGAAGACCUGAGUAAUUUAACAUCCCAUUCAUUGUCCGUGGCACAUUCUUCACUCGUACCUGAAUCUAUGGAAGACAUUCUCUCGAAAGGUUUUACUUCCUUAGAAAUGGAGGAAGAAAGAAUCGAAACUGCUCAGCAGUUUUUCUCAUGGUUUGCAAAACUGCAAACUCAAAUGGAUCAGGAUGAAGAAACUAAAUAUAGACAGAUGAGGGAUUACUUGUCUGGGUUUCAGGAGCAGUGUGAUGCUAUAUUGAAUGAUGUAAACAGUGCUCUUCAGCAUCUGGAAUCAUUGCAGAAACAGUAUCUUUUUGUGUCCAAUAAGACAGGAACCCUACAUGAAGCCUGUGAACAGCUCCUCAAAGAACAGUCGGAACUUGUUGAUCUGGCUGAAAAUAUUCAACAAAAGCUUUCCUAUUUUAAUGAAUUGGAAACUAUUAACACAAAAUUGAAUUCUCCUACAUUGUCUGUGAAUAGUGAAGGAUUUAUACCUAUGCUGGCCAAGUUAGAUGAUUGCAUAUCUUAUAUCUCAUCUCACCCAAAUUUUAAAGAUUAUCCUGUUUAUUUAAUGAAGUUUAAGCAAUGUCUUUCUAAAGCUUUGCAUCUAAUGAAGACAUACACUGUGAACACACUACAAAACCUCACAAAUCAGUUAUUAAAAAGGGAUCCUUCAUCUGUACCGAAUGCGGACAAUGCCUUCACUCUAUUUUAUGUGAAAUUCAGAGCUGCUGCCCCCAAAGUUAGAACUCUUAUUGAGCAGAUAGAACAACGGUCUGAAAAAAUACCCGAAUACCAACAACUACUAAAUGAUAUCCACCAGUGUUACCUUGAUCAGCGGGAGCUCCUUUUGGGCCCUAGCAUUACUUGUACUGUAACAGAAUUAACCAGCCAGAAUAACAGAGAUCAUUGUGCCUUGAUUCGCAGCGGCUGUGCUUUUAUGGUUCAUGUAUGCCAGGAUGAGCACCAACUCUACAAUGAAUUUUUCACAAAGCCAACACCAAAAUUAGAUGAGCUUUUGGAGAAGCUGUGUGUGUCAUUGUAUGAUGUCUUCAGGCCAUUGAUUAUUCAUGUUAUUCACUUAGAGACUUUAUCAGAACUUUGUGGUAUUCUUAAAAAUGAGGUGCUUGAAGAUCAUGUACAGAACAAUGCUGAACAACUGGGGGCAUUUGCGGCAGGAGUGAAGCAGAUGUUAGAAGAUGUCCAGGAGCGGCUUGUCUAUCGAACGCACAUCUACAUCCAGACCGACAUCACGGGCUACAAACCCGCUCCUGGAGACCUGGCGUAUCCUGAUAAGUUAGUGAUGAUGGAGGAAAUUGCACAGAGUUUAAAAGAUGAACAGAAGAAAGUACCUUCAGAAGCCUCGUUUUCAGAGGUUCGGUUAGAAGAAGCAGAAUCCAACAGUCUAACAAAAUCUGGUUCAACGGAAUCUCUGAAUCCUAAGCCACAGACCACAAUUUCUCCAGCAGAUCUUCAUGGAAUGUGGUACCCGACAGUUCGAAGAACUCUUGUCUGUCUUUCCAAAUUGUACAGAUGCAUAGAUAGGGCGGUGUUCCAAGGACUCUCCCAAGAAGCCUUGUCUGCCUGCAUUCAGUCCUUGCUUGGAGCAUCGGAUUCCAUCAGCAAGAACAAGACUCAGAUUGAUGGACAACUUUUCCUAAUAAAGCAUCUUUUGAUUCUCCGUGAACAAAUUGCUCCAUUUCACACUGAAUUCACCAUUAAGGAAAUUUCCCUGGACCUCAAGAAAACUAGAGAUGCAGCAUUUAAAAUCCUGAACCCUAUGACUGUUCCAAGAUUUUUUAGGCUGAAUAGCAACAAUGCCUUGAUAGAAUUCUUGUUGGAGGGUACUCCUGAGAUAAGAGAACAUUAUCUCGACUCUAAAAAAGAUGUAGACCGCCACCUGAAGUCGGCCUGUGAGCAGUUCAUUCAGCAGCAGACCAAGCUGUUUGUGGAGCAGCUGGAGGAGUUCCUGACAAAGGUUUCAGCGUUAAAAACCAUGGCCAGUCAGGGAGGCCCCAAGUAUACUCUCUCCCAGCAACCUUGGGCACAACCAGCCAAGGUCAGUGAACUUGUGACAAAUGCAUACAAGGUAAUAAAAGCGAAGCUCCCUCUGACAUUGAGAAGCAUGUCCUUGUACCUCUCCAAUAAAGAUACUGAGUUCAUCUUGUUUAAACCUGUUAGGAAUAAUAUUCAGCAAGUCUUCCAAAAGAUUCACGUUUUGUUAAAGGAAGAAUUUAGCCCUGAGGAUGUCCACCUCAUUGCUUGUCCCUCUAUGGAGCAGGUGAAUGUCCUCCUGUCAGCGUCUAAGUAAGCAGGCCGCUGGCUUGGUGUGUCCAUGGACUGUCUGGUGGGGGUGGCCGGGAGGCCGGAGGGACGCCGAGGCCGUGUGUGGGGGCUUGUUUCUGAGAGCCACACUUGCGUGCUGCUCAGUGCUGACCGGAGAGCGAAACUGAAGCCACACCUUGAGAGACUGGUCCUUCCCUCUUGAAAACAUCCAAAUGCCAAAGAUGCAUCAUCUCUGGGUGAUGGUGCCUGCCUUGUUGAAGUUGGUCGCAAGAAUUAUCCAUCGUUUGGGCCGUAGCCCUGAUAGGGCCAUGGUCACAUGGUUCUUAGCAAAAGAUGUGCAAUGGAAAUAGCUUCCAAAUGCGUAGUGCAGAGAACGUUACAGAAACACAGCUUGUUAGAAAGCUCCUAAGAUUAAGGUUUCUCCGAGCGUGAAACACAGCAACACUUUCCACCACUGAGCAUUCCACAGUGACUAUUGCUAUAACUUUGUUGUUACUUCCCAAAAUGUCAUUUCCCCACUCCAAUGUGAUGUUUCUCCUGGCCCUUGGAAGUGUUCUCUCUGGAAAUUCAGGGUGUUACCUGGCAGUGGGGCUGACCUGAGGCUGUUUCCAGCGCAAGGCCCUCAUGUCGGAACCCCCGACUUCGCACCCCUUAGGUGCAGCUCGUAGGUGCAAAAGUAUUCAGAAAGCCCAGGGCAGCCGUCUCAUGCUCCGCACGUGAGCCACUGUUAGAAUGUGUGAGGCGCAGUAGUCAGUGUUUGCGAGUGGGAAGGACCAGUUUAAGUGUCUUAAAUCGCCAACAUGAUUUAAGGAGAGGAGGCAGCCCGAUGGGCAGCAGACCUCACGCACGAAGGUCGGGGCCCCCACCUCCUGCCUGCUGACUUCAUUUCAAAGGUUCUUUGGAAAGGACCUAUGAUGUGUCCCAGCCUGGUGGCUCUCUCCCUGCCACAGCCGAGACCCAAGGAUGGAGACCACGUGCCCCUCAAACCACCCACCCUGGCAGGGAGCAUCACGGGGUGCAUGCAGGCAUUGCUUGGCCAGUACCUCGUUCCUCAUGGGAUGGUGUUUGCUCUGAUGUUGGAGUAAAUGCUUGCUAUUUGGUCCCAAAGGAAUUUUAUUUCACACACGUGUGUACACAUGGAACCCGAGGCAGCCUGGGGAAUGAAACCCGCACACCAGUGAUGGGCAGCCAGUGAUGGGCACUUGGUGUGCCAUGGCGGCAGCCUGCCCAGCCCUGCACAAAGUUUCCCUGCUGCCCGUUUAAACUGGCGACCGGUGUCGAUCCGUAAAGCUUAGUACUCUGUAUUAUGGUCAAAAGGGUCCAGCGUCUUUCUUUGGCACGAAAUGAGUGAAUUAGGAAGAUUGUACCUACUUACACUUUUAAAUACAUGUUUGAUGAAUGAAAACACCCAGUUUUGUGUAUUAUAUGUACAUUUGAUUUUUUAAAAUAGCCUUUCCAAAGAAAUGAGGGCAUGAUUAUUGUAUAAUACUAUGACUGGCUUAAUUAAUGUACAGUCCAGAGUGUAUUCUUAAGGGUAAAAAUAUUUGACAGCGCUCUUGUCAAAUUCUUGUGUUUUGAAUGUUAUUUCUGAAACACUGAAAUACCUUACAAAGUGCUGCGUAGGUACUAGUGAUCCAACUUGUUUGCUAAAUGAGUAUUUGUUUAAAUCUGUACAGUUCAAGUGUUUACUUAUACAGAGUGUACAUACUUUCAAAUAAUUAAUUUAAAAUGCUUUAUAUUAUUUGCUAGAAAUUGUUGUUUUUAAUAAAUGUGGAUUUUUAAAAAAUAAAGUUUUUUGCUUCCUAC